AUGCGGCAACAAAUUUAUGGCAAAGCGUACAAGCCAGCACCUGUUAAAAAAAUUCUGGCCAAUGCCCAAGCAGCAGCUUCUCAACGUCUGGGAGCAGCAGCUUCGGCAGCAGCAGUAUCAGCAACCGCAGCUCCAAUAGCAGAAGGAGCACCACCGCCACCUGCUCGCUCCGCACCACGACAGCGAGGACGUCCGCGCAAAAAUCCUUUGGCGCCCGAUGCCGCCAUGAAACGAGAGGACAGUGUGAACAAUACGAAUGCCAUAGUCAAGGUACUGCUGCGUUCGCUGAAGGAUCACAAUAAGCCCAUGGCUACUGUCAAUAAUGGAUUUGAGCGUGGUCUUAAGCCGGAUACAAUUGUUGCCGGCUUUCGUCAUGAGGGUCAACUAAUGUUUGCCGUCAAGUUCAAAAACCGCAAGUUACCUGAGCUAAUUAGUUCGAUGGAAUUGAAGCUGCGAGCACCCAGCUUGUUGAUUCAAUACUACGUUACGAAUUUGCAAUAUCCACACAAUGAAUGAUUAAACAUAGUUGAUUUUACUUUAAUUUAUAUUGAGCAUUUACAAUAAUAAUAUUAAAAUAGAAAA